CCAACCCUGACCCCAGGAUUCCCGGAUAAAGGGGGAAGUGAAGGUCAGGGCAGUGGGUUAGAAUAAGAGGUGCUGGUGCCUUUAACUGCCCUGGUUUCCCUUCCCGACUGGUACCGAGGUCGGCAAAUUUCUCCAGCGACUGCUGCAGGCGCCUUCGCAGAGAUACCCGGAGCUGAUACAGGGAGAGUUGCCACAGGAAGACGCCUGAGGAAGGAAACCGAGCUUAAGAUUAUUUGGCUGGCGAGCUGCUUUUCAAGAUUUGGAGAAGUGCGAAUUUGGGGGGACAGCUGUGUUUUCGUAGGCGUAAAAUAGAACGGGAACAUAUGGAGCGUGAGGCUGGAACUCUCUUUCUCCACCUUGAACAGAUUAUCAAGAGGAGUGGGAAAGAUCAUGGCAGCCUUAUGAGGGAGGCAGAGGAGGAAAAGAAGAAUUUUGUCAAGCGAUUGGAAGAGGCAUCUAAGGCCUUUGUGAAGGAAGUCUGCAGCCUUUCCUGUGCUAAGUCCCGGUUCCGACCCUACGAAGUGGCACAGUGUUCAAACUGCCAGCUUAUCAAAGUUUCCUGCCUUGACCCCUUUGUAUGUGCAGGGCCCAAUGUUAUUGCAGCAGUGCUGGUGCCACUUCUGCUCUUGCUUGGUAUAGGAGCAGCAUGGUGGUAUCGCCGUCGCAAACAGAAGGAGCAAGGAAAAGACAAGUCUUCAGGAGAUGAGGACAGCUCAGAGAGUUCUGAGUGGAGCUCUGAUAGUUCAGAGAAGGCGGAUGCCAAUCCAAUAUAUGCAGAAGUUCCAAGCACCCCCAUAUAUGCUAAUGUCCCAGCACAUGCUGAUGUCCCAGCAUAUGCUAAUGUUCCAAACCCUCCAGAAUUCACCAUCCCAAGCCCUCCACCCUUUGAUUAAAUAGUUUCUGAUGGUGAUUUUC